GUUUUGUAAUGGUAUACUUACCCUUUAUCAAUUUAAAAAGCAUAGCAUGCUGAUUGUGUACAAAUAUAAUCAUUAAACACAGAAAUAUAAAGUUCCAAUAGUGAUGUGCCACACCCCCUCAAGAAAGCACCCAAGAUCUAUCAAGUUAUUAUUACUAUGGGUGAUCAUCUGGAAGAAGCUAAAGAACGUUCUAAGAAGCGGAAACAACUUCUUGCACAAUUUUAUGGUACAAACAAUUUAACAAAGGCAUUAAAAACUUAUGAUGAAGUCAAAACAACAGCUAAAAAAGAAAAAAACAGUUCUCAUGAAGGAACAAUGGUUUCAUCAUCUUGUGUGUCACCGGUCCAGCUCAGCAAAGCCAAGUCUCUUGAUGUUAGCCAAAUGCUGGAAGGAUUAAAAGAUGACUAUGAGACAGAAGAGGUUUACACAGACUCAAGUGCAUUUCUCAAGGGAACUCAAAGUGCAAACCCACAUAAUGAUUACUGCCAACAUUUUGUUGACACUGGAGAGCGGCCACAAAAUUUUAUUCGAGAUGUUGGUCUUGCCAACAGGUUUGAGGAAUAUCCAAAACUUCGAGAACUAAUUCGACUGAAAGAUGAACUGAUAGAAAAAACCAAUACACCACCAAUGUAUCUGCAAGCCGAUUUGGAGUAUUUUGAACUAAGAAAUUUAAAAUGUAAGUUUGAUGUGAUCCUGGUGGAGCCACCUCUGGAGGAGUAUCAGAGAACACAGGGGGCUGUCUUUGACAAGUACUGGGACUGGGACGAGAUUGAAGCAUUAGACAUACCAUCAGUAGCAGCUCAAAGGUCUUUUCUUUGGAUUUGGUGUGGGAAUGCUGAAGGCUUAGAAAGAGGAAGAUUGUGCUUGAAAAGAUGGGGAUUCCGAAGAUGUGAAGAUAUUUGCUGGAUCAAAACCAACCUAAAAAAUCCUGGCCACAACAAGAACCUGGAGCCUAAUGCCAUCUUUCAAAGGACAAAAGAACACUGUCUGAUGGGAAUCAAGGGAACUGUCAAACGCAGCACGGACGGGGAUUUCAUUCAUGCCAACGUUGACAUUGAUCUAAUCAUAGAGGAAGGACCUGACUACGGCAGCAAAGAUAAACCUGUUGAAAUAUUCCAUAUUAUUGAGCACUUUUGUCUGGGGAAAAGACGGCUGCAUUUAUUUGGAAGAGAAAGCACCAUCCGGCCAGGCUGGUUGACCGUUGGCCCAAGUUUACCCAGCUCCAACUUUGAUGCUGAAACCUACAGAGGCUACUAUGAAGCUCAAGCAGACGCCUAUUUGACCGGCUGUUCUGAGGAAAUUGAGCGCUUGAGACCAAAAUCCCCCACACCAAAAAAUAAACAAACGCCACAACAAAGUGAGCGGGGGGGAAGAGGGGGGAGAGGUCGGGGAGGUCCUGGUGGAUCAGGUGCUCCAAAUGUGCGUGGUGGAAUGAGAGCUGGUGGAAUGCCACAAGGUGGAGUACAGGGGAGGGGAGCUCCAAGAUUUAGAGGGAGGGGAGGUGGAUUUAAAAUGAGGGGGAUGAGAGAAGAUAUGAGAUAACCAGACCACUGAAGGGCUCAUGCAUUUAGAAUUUAACAAGCAUGUGUCAUGUACCUCUUAGGCUAUCCCAUUCUUCCACAUUUUUUUUAAUGGCAAAAGUUUUAGCAAAAAAAGUACUGAAAUUUUGCUUUCCUUCACAUAGAAAACUACAGCAUUUACCACCAUCACAUAGAAAACUACAGCAUUUUACAUGCCUGGUGUUUUAAUAUAUGUGCAUGUUCCCUACAGUAUAAACAUUUGUGCUAAUUACUUCAUGUGAAAUUUUUGGUGAUCAUUUAAUUUCAUGAAUAAACUUUGUACAAGACAACUUUC